CAAAGCAAAAUCCGUAUUCUCACCAGCCUUCGCUUCUACUCACCAAAAAAGUUUUCGGAAACCAGUAAAUAGGCUGUUAAGGUUCAAAAGACUCGGGUACUUGUAAAAAAAUUUAAAAUACAGCUGAGAAGUUAUCAUGUUGGAGGAGGAAGAUAACAGGAAAGUAUUCAUACUUCAUAACACGAAGCAAUUCAUUUUGUCGCUCAGAACUGUGUUUUUAUGUUCUAUGAUAUCACUUGAUUCAGAUAUUUAACGGUCGCCGCCCCUUGGUAUUUCUUGUAUCUAUGUUGUCUUUGUUUUCUUGAAUUAAGGUGAAAAACAAUUCCUCCGAAUUUUUUCUCGAUACCCAGCAGACGGUAAAUCUUUUGAAAUACCCAUAGCAUUUGACAACUCAACCCAAGCGUUGCACCUGCUCCAUGAGUAUGAAUAACCGCCUGUGGAUGUAUGUAUUAUGUUUUUCAUUCGUCUUCAAGGUGUAUACUUUCAGAUAGUGUCAGUCCAAGGGUCACUAACAUGCAGCUCCUUCCAGUCUGGCUGUUUUUUCCUUCUUUGUUAGAAUUGACGUUGGCAAUGCAAGGUAAAGCUGUUUACCAAAAUCCAACAAGCCAUGUUAGUUUGGGAAAUUUCAGGCGCGAUCCCUUCCAUUACUUAUGGGUUGAAAAACUUACAUCCGCCUUGUUGGAAAACGGGUUAGAAUGCACUUUCCUCUGUGUCGGAGAACUAAAGUGUUAUUCGUUGAACGUAGCAGCGUAUCCUAAUUCCAAAGGCCUUUAUCUGUGUGAAUUGUUAUCUACCGACAAGUACAAAGCGACCGAAAAGUUCCUCGCAAAUGACACCUUUCAUCAUCACGGACCGUUGUCUCCUUGUGAGAGCACUCCUUGUAAGAACGGCGCUGUCUGUGUUCCUGAAUAUGUGCUGAACUCCUAUCACUGUAACUGUAGACCUGGAACCUGGGGAACUCACUGCGAACGAGGAGGGAGCGGAAUACGAAGCUACAUGGACUUCUGUGUGGCCCCAAUCGAAGGAGGUUGUUCUCCUCCUGAUGGGAGUUAUCUGAUCCUCACCAAAACGAAAGGCACAGCUUGUAAUGCAACCGACCAGAUGUUUCUACUCGACCAAAAUGGAGUCAUCUAUCAUAUGUGCAGCAGGAAAGUAGUUUGUCCACAGCACAAUAACCCUACCAAUAGAAAGAAACUUAUUUUGAAGGAUAAAUGCAAUCUGAGCGUUUCCAGGCAUGUCAGGUUGCCAGCUCAUAAUAAUCUGAAGAAUUUGAAGAGCAAUUUCUGUGUUCAUCCACACGGUGGGAGGCCAGAGGAGGGAAAGCUGUUGGAGUAUUCGCCAGGGUGUGACAUGAGAAGAUUGAAGCUCGACUUCUUUGAACUUGGUGUACCAACGCCCUGAAUUCCAGUGCGGAGAAGUAUUUAUUCACUGACUUAUUGGAAAUAGUACUAGCACGAAAAAUGACAAUGCGGUAGACUAGAUGUGAGAUAAUUAAAUCAAGAGUUACUACGUUUGUAUUCUCAGGAAUAGUUGUUUCUCUGACAGCAAGAAGAUAGCAAGUCCUAACCAUCGUGAGAGAGAACCAAAAAACGACUGCGCCUGCGUCGCCUAGUGCGGCAGGAAAUUGGGAAUGACAUCACAAAACCAUCGCAACCUUACGAAAGAUAGCGAAAUGUUUCGAACCUUGGACAGCGCGGAGGAUUUUUUCCGCGUUUACGUGUAGGUAAAAAGGCUCGGCUGGCUGAGAAACUUUGGUUGGAGAGGGGUCGAUAAUCUCUGUAUACCCAAUAUUUUGCACAUUCCACCUUUGGCAUGCACACCAAUCGUAGUUUUAUUUCAAAAGAAUUUGCGCCAAGAAAUUAAA